CCGGGUUCUAAUGUUUACAACUGGCAGCAGCGUUGGGAUCACAGAGCUGUGUUCCUGGCUCAUGAAAAUCAUAUCUAUGUUCCAACAACAUGUUCUGGAAGUGCUAGGAUUUACAGAGUGUGACGGCUGCAGGGCUCCAUCAUCAGAAUCUGCUGCUGAGAUUCCAAGAAUCGAUAAACUAUGAAGAAAAGCAGACGGCCAUCGCAGAGCAGCGGGACGCAGACGAGCGUCACUGAGGAGAAGAAGCCGUCUGGAAACAGAGGCCGACCUAAGAAGACCGUCCCUGUUACCACUGACAACCUUUACCAUGACGACGCAGCAAAAGACAACAUGGCUGACUUAGACUGCAGUGUGAACGCAGCUGUCGACACACAGAAACCUCCAGAGGGCAAGACCAGAGCCGCAGGUCGCCUGUCCACCGCCCUCUGCCGGCUCUGCCACGGGAAGUUCUCUCUGCGCAGCCUGCGGCACGCCUUCAACAGGAGGCCCCGGGGGGCCGCGGAUAUUACUGACGAUGAGCCGACGUCCCCCCUCUUAUUCCACACAGACUUCCAGCGACUGGUGGGGGUCCAGUUGGAUCGCGACCCCCGAUUAUCAGAGUUCAUUUGCAAGAAAUGCCACUCCAAGUUCUACAAGUGCCACAGCAUCCUGGUCCGGUUCCUGCAGAGAGUCAACCUCCCACCGGUCGGGAAAGAGAACCUGAAGAGCUGGAAGAAGUGUCCAGAAGCCUCAGUAAACCAUGUCCCGAUAACUCCUCACUCCUUCACCUCAGACCCUCAGUGCCUCCACAGCCUCGUGUCCUGGGCCCACCAUCACGGGGGGGCCUGCCGCUCCUGUCCCGACCUGAAGGAGGUGCUGGAGGGCCGGGGCUGGGGCUCUUUUCAGGCCGCCUGGGGGUGUGUUGAUGGUCACAGAUACAUCAUGGACACUCAGUGCACCCCAGCUGCACAACCAUUCUCUAUGAACUCAUGCAGUGGGAGGGACAAUGGAGAGGGAGGGGUGUCUUGGGAGGAGGAACAGGAGGAGGAAGAGGAGGGGCGCAGCGGGAAUGUGAGGACAGCAUUGGGGAGUGUGAGCACUUUAGCUCAGCACAGUCCGGCUGCAGUCCUCUCUCAGAGCCCGGCGGACUGGACCGGCAACCCUGAAGACUUCACAGGUCAUGACGAGGCGUUGUCCCCUGCUGUGGCCCCGCUGGAGGACAGGGCCCCCGACAGUGAUCUGUCUGACAGAAGGGUGAUCUCCGAGGAUGACUUUGAAGAGAGUAGGAGAGGGCGGUUAUCUGACGAUGAGUUUGAACCAGACAAAAGGGUGAGCGUCCCCAACAAGAGAAGAAGGAGCCCGAAGGCCCAGGAGGAGCCCAAAGUUAGAAAAAAACCUGGACCCAAACCCGGCUGGAAGAACAAGUUGAAACCUAAAGCAGAGGAGCUGCCUAACAUCUACAAGUGUCCGUAUCAGGGCUGCACCGCCGUCUACAGAGCUCCUGAUGGUUUGAAGAAGCACAUCAAGGAGCAUCACGAGGAGAUGAAGGAGCGGCCCUGCCCUCACCCCGGCUGCAACAAGGUGUUCAUGAUCGACCGCUACCUGCAGCGCCACGUCAAGCUCAUCCACACCGAGGAGAGGAACUACAUCUGUGACCAGUGCGGCCAGACCUUCAAACAGAGGAAACACCUCUCAGUUCACCAGAUGAGACACUCCGGGGCCAAGCCACUGCAAUGUGAGGUGUGUGGUUUCCAGUGUCGCCAGCGAGCAUCGCUUAAAUACCACAUGACCAAACACAAGGCGGAGGCGGACCUGGACUUUGCGUGCCUGAUGUGCGGGAAGCGCUUCGAGAAGGCCCACAACCUGAACGUCCACAUGUCCAUGGUGCACCCGCUGAUCCAGGCCAAGGUCCAGAGAGGGGGCAGCGAGCAGCCGCCCUACUCUGAGCUGCACGCACUGGCUCUGAGCGGGGAGGGGGGGCAGCAGGAGCAGGACAGAUGACAGCAGGCGUGCCGCACCGGGACAUAACCCCUCCCCACUGAUGUUUAUCUCUCUUCUCUUCCAAUAUACAAAUGAUCAUCUAGGUUAAGAGCCAAGCUGUUGUCUGAAACAUUAAGUUUCAUUUUAGAAGAUAUAGGAUAUUUACUAUAUUAUGGAAAGCUUUAGAGUGUGUAAUUAUCCUUUUCAUUCCAAACUUAAGCUGUUAUUCCAUUGUCAGCUGUCUUCCGACCACAUGUUUAGGAUUUGUAGCUUUCUUUGGGGAAUAAGCAGGCACUCCUGGUGCCUGUUACAGUUCUGAUGACUGGAAUAUAUGCAUCUGUACACACAGUUUAUCUGAUAGCAGAAACACAAAGUCGCAUAUACACGACUGUUUGACCGACAGUCAAAUAACUGUUUUAUUUUGUCACUGUUUUAAAUUAAGUUAUUACAAUGCUUGAAUCUGUAUUGAAAACAGUAAAAGGGCUUCAGGUGUUCAUGUGUAUAAUACGUCCUUUGUGCAUUUAUUAUGUAUACAAACAUUAAUAAAAAUGGUGAUUUUUUUUUUACA